AUGGAUCAGGGUCAAUUCAGUCAGUUGAUAAGUCGAUUCGACAAGUCUGAAGUGUUCGAUUAUCUCACUCAAUUGAAUCGACAAUUGACUUCAACUACCGUAGAUUCUAAUCAAUUACAACUUUAUUUACUGCAAUUAAAUCAAAUCAUUGAAGUCUUUAAUAUUCCUCCUCCAUCCACUAAAAAAUCAAAGAAUAUCGAUCAUGAUGCCACUUCGCCUCAUACUGAAUUGAGGUUGAAAGUUUCUCUUAAUCUUAUUAGACUUUUAUCCAGGAAUUUAACUUCAAUAUUAACUCAUUUACCCACUAAGAUCUAUGAUAUUGCUAAUAACUUAUUGAAUAAUAUCAAUGAGUUACAAUUAUCAUAUCCAAUAUUUGAUGUGUCUGUGAUUGUAUUGAUUGAUUUAUAUGAAAGUUUCCCUAAUUCAUUAGGUUCAUUAACCAAUUAUUCUGUAUCCCAGAUUUAUAAAAUCUUUAAAAAGAAUUCAUCCGUGAAUAAUCAUAAUUUAAUCUAUCUUUUAAAUUCAAUCACUAAGAAUGCUACUAAGAAUGAUAUUGAUGAGAAAUUCCAGGCUAAAUUAUUAAAAGGCAUUAUUAAGAAUAUCAAUACUUUAUCAAUCAAAUACGAUGUUUAUGAACAAGAAUCAAAUACAGCAUCAUCAAGUACGACGUUAUUGAAAAGAAACUAUAUCCUUUGUUUAAAGAAUAUCUUGGUGUUGUCCGUCCAAUCCAAUUAUGAAACUUUAUUAACCCAAUCAGCAUCAUCAUCUGGUUCCAGUUCAAGUUCAAAAUUAAAACCUGAAGUAUUAAUGCAACAACAACAUCAAUAUCAAUUGAAUAUCCUUGCUACUCAUGAAAAAUUGAUUCAAUAUUGUUUAUCCAACUUUAAUCAAGAUAUAAGAGUAGCAGCAGUUGAAUUAUUAGCUCAAUUAUUUAUAAAUUUCAUCCCAACAGGUAAAUUCAAUGCUAUAGAUUAUAUCAUUGAAGAAUUAUAUAUCCUCCCCUUGAGAAAUAAUUAUAGUCCGACUUUAAUGUUUCAAUUGGAUUCAGAUGGGAUCCCAAUUGAUGGUAAGAGAGUAGAUACGAAUUCUGUCCAAGCUCAUGAUUCUGAAUCUAUCAUUCAAGGAAAUAUCAGUAAUCUCUUAAUUCAAACCAGUUUGAUUGAAACUUUGAUUUUAUAUAUGCAAUUGGAACAAUUUCAAAAUCCAGAAUAUUUAUCAUCGAAUUUAACUUUCAUAUUAGAUACUAUAUUAUUAAAAUUCAGACAAAUCAUACCUAAUCAAUUAUUAAAUUCAAAUUGGAAUAAAGUCUUGACUCAAUUCAAAGGGUUAAUCGAUUAUAUCAUUAGAGAAGCAGGUUCAAAUUGUAAUGAUAUCUUAUUGAAUUAUGUUUAUGCCAGGUUUAAUGAUCUUCCCCUCGAUUCAAAUCUUACCGACAAUCAUCAUUCUCAUGAAAAGAAAUCAGGAUUAUUCUCAUUAAAACCAAAGAGUAAUAAACAUAGUUCAAGAAAAGAUGAAAAAGUGGAACCUUAUCGUAAUUCAUUUCAAACUUAUUUAUUAUUACAUAUUGUGGAAUUACUCUUACCAUUUGGAGUUAAUAAUUUAAAUCCAUCAAGUGCAACUACAGCUGAAGAGAAACCAACUACUAUAGAACGAUCAGCUGCACCUCCAAAAGAAGGUGAAAUUGAUAUUCCCGAAGAUCAAGAAUUUGAAGAAAGUUCUAAAUUGGAAAAUUCUUUCAUUAGAGAUAUCUUAUUCAAAUUAAUCAUUAAUGAAAAUUCGUAUAUCAGAAAUUACGCUUUAAAAGCAUUAUUGGUUUACAUUAAGAAUAAUGUAUUUGAAAUUAAUCAAAUCAUCUUACAAAUCUUCAAACUUGUGGAACAAGAAUAUAAACAUAGUGAAGAACAUCAACAGAAAGUCGAAAUCAAAUUGAUUGGAUAUUCAUUAGUGUUAUCGAGUUUAAUCAAACAAACUGAUUGGCAAUUAUUACAAAACACCACCAUUGUCAAAAUUUUAAGUUUUUGUACUCAAAAUUUAAAACACAACAAUAAUAAUAACAGUAGUGGUAAUAAAUUCUUAAAGAGUUCAUCAUGUUGGAUUAUUUUAUCUUCGUUGGUUACUUUCUAUAAUGAAUCUGAAUUUGUGAAAUUAAACUCAUCUCAAUAUUUGAUAUUUUGGAAGAAUCUUUUAACUUCACAAUUCAUAAGUCCAUCAUUUGCCACUAGCAGUGAAUCUCGUCAAAGAAGAGAUAUCAUUGAAGAUUUGAAAUUAAGAAAUUUCAGUCUUGUAUGUCUAUUGAAUUAUUUGAAUUCCGUUGAAUUAACCCCAGAAUCAUUAAAACAAAUUCAAUUCUUAUUAACCAAAUCAUAUAAUUAUUUAUCUUAUUUGGAAAGUAAUCUUGAACUGGUAGGUGGAGUUACCAAUUUCAGUCCAUCAUCAUUCAAUGAUUGUGAAUAUAAUCCAAAUUUGUUAAAUAAUAUUCAUUAUACUUCCACUGCCGGUAUCUCGUUUGAGAAUAUCAUGAUUAGUUUGAUCUUAUAUUCAAAGAAGAUUUUAUUACAAAGUUUCUCCAAACUUAUCCCACUAUUAAAGAAUGAUGUUAAUUCAAAUAUGGUUUUGUUCUUCAUUAAAGUAUUCAGUGAUUCGAAAUUAUUCUCCAGAUCUAAUACUUCUGAUAUAGAAAAGAUUUCCAAAUCAAAGAAGAACAAUGCUGCUGGAUUAAUCAAGGAUUUCGAUUUUGAUAAUAGUGUCCUUGUCUUAAAUGAAGAUUAUAAUUAUGCAUUUGGGGUAACUAGUAAAUUUGAUGAUACGAAAGCUAAUAUUGAUGAAUUAUUAAUUAAAUUCAAAAUCCCUAAAUCUCAUAAAAAUGAAGGAUUAUCACAUUCAGAUAUCUUUACCAAGUCCAUUGUUCAUUUACCAAAAUCAAAGAUUGAAAGUAAAUUACAAAAUGAAUUUCCAAUUUGGAUUGACUUCUUUGAAGAAUUAAUCUUCAAAUCAGUGGAUAAUUCAAUCAAUUAUGAUCCAAACAUAUACUUAACUCAGAAUUAUUCAAGUUAUGAAUCAUUCUCAGCUAACUUAGUCACUUCAAUCAUUGAUCUUUCCAUUGAACUAUUCCAACUUGUGUUUCCUUAUUUAAGUGUUAAGAUUCAAUUCUCAUUAGUGGAACAAUUAAGAAACUCUCUUACUGCUUCAUCUAUUGAUCCACUUCGUUUAAAGGCCAUGCAAGUCAAUAUCACAGUGACAUUACAUGGACUUUUAAAUAACCUUAUCAGAAAGAAAUAUACCUUGGAUAAGGAAGUGGCAUUGGUCAUCAUUGAUAUUUUACAAAGGAUAGAUACUACCAAUGUUAAUUUAUUCGUUCUUAAUUCUGAUUCGAUUGGAUUGGCCAUACAAUUAUUGCCCAAGGCUUUAGUUGGAGAUCAAACCAGUAAAUUCGUGGCUGAUAUAGUCAAUGAUACCAAUCCAUUCAAACGUGGGUUCUCGAUAUUAUCAUUAUCUCAAAUCUUUAAGAGAACUGGGUCUGGGUUUAAUGAGACUUAUAAUAUCAUUUUACAGUUGAUUAAUGAUCCUAAUCCUAUUGUAUACCAUUAUACCAUCCAAGCUUCAGUAAUCUUAUUUGAAAAUAAUUUCGAUAGUACUAAUUUCAUCCCUGGUCUUUUAAAUUUAGUAUAUGAUAACUUCUUAAAAGAUGAUUUUGGUUAUGAUAUCAACCAUACAGCAUUACUUACUUUGAAAUGUAAAUAUAGAUCAAUUGGAUUGGUUACUAGAUUAUUGAAAUUAUUUAUUACUAAUCUUGGUCCCAGUUUAAGAGAAUGGCCUGCUGUUUAUAAAAUCAUGAUUAAAAACUUGAUUAUGUCUACAAGUCAAGGGAUUGGUUCAGCUAGCAUCAGGGAUUAUCUGGAAGUUUACCUGCAUUUACUUAGUUUAUUCCAAGAAUUAAUCAUUUAUGAUGCGCUGUUGAUCGAUGGUGAAGUUCCAUUUUUCACUGAUUUAUUGAAAUUAAUCAUUUCUAAGAACUUGAAGAUUGGAUUAUCAUCAGUUUCACCUACUUCCAUGUUUAAAGAUUGGAUUUUCCCAUUAAGUACCAGUUAUGGUUUAUACAAGGGUGCUUAUGAAUGUUAUGUUGAAUUACUUAAGAUUUUCGGAGUUGAUGUGUUGAAUAAAGAAACUGUCAAUAUGUUAUGGGUAUCAAUGAAUAUGCAACCAUGUUCUGAAUUGAAACAAUUUAUUAAAUUAUGGUUGGAAUCAACUUCUGAUAUGAAUUGGUUUACGAUUUUAAAUUCGUUAUUUAAAUGUUCAUCAAAGAAAUUGAUUGGACCCUUUAUUGAAUUGAAUUAUCAACAGAAAUUAUUACCAUUACUGCAAAGAACUAAGAAGGAAAAAGUAGCUAAAGUUGAUUUCAAAGAUGAAGAAAUUGAAAACAUUGUAGGUGAUAAUGGUGAUGAUAGUGAUAAGAAUGAACCUAUUACUUGGGAAUUUAAAUUAUUCAUUUAUGAUUUAUUGAAUCAUUUAUUAGAGCUAGCUGAAAAGAAUAAUCAAUUAUUAGAUAAAUUAAAGGAAAAGAUUCAAGAUAUAGUUAAAAUCUCCUUUUUAGGAUCUACAUCACCCAUCACCGAAAUUAAAAUUAGAGGUAUUAAUCUUUUAGAUAAGGCGCUUGGAUUAUUUGGUCAUUUGCCUGAUCCAUUAUAUCCCUCCGUUUCAAUCUUAGAACAACAACAAGCUCAAAUUAUUAGUGCUUUGAUUCCAUGUUUUGCUCCUGGUAAUGAUUCUACUGUUAUAGUGAAUGCCAUAAAUGUGUCAUCAAAAUUCAUAAGUUUACCUCGAAUUAAAUUUUAUUCUAAACAAAGAAUCUUAAAAACAUUGAUUUAUUUAUUAGAAGAAAUCUCAUCUAAUAAAUUCUUAAGAUUUUCAUUCUUAGAAGAUAUGAGUGAGUUUGGAAGAAAAUCAAUUCAAUUAUCAAUUUUGAAUUGUUGGGCCUUAGUUAAAAUUGAAUCAUUGGAUGAAGAAUUCAUUGAACCAGAAUUACAAGAAACUUUAGAGAAAUAUAGUAAAUUAUUAAUUUCAUUAUGGAUAUUGGUUCUUCGAGAAUACUCCACAUUAAGAUAUAAUAAUGAUUCAUCAGUUCAAGAACUUGAAAUUUAUCAAAAUUAUUGGAUUAAUUUCAUUGGAGUUUUAAGUAUUGAAUUAGAAAAUAAUGGAGUUGAUAAAUUCUUAGAGAAUGGAUCAAUUGAUUUCUUCUUUGUGUUGUUUAGUUUAUGUGUUGAAUCAUUAAUUAAGAAUAAGAACAUUGGUGAGAUUUUAGUCUCAUUGAAUAGAUUGGUUCAUAAUAGUGAAUUGGUGGAAUUAAUCUUUAAGGAAAGUAUCUUUGAAGAAGUGGUUGAUUUAUUUGAUCGUUUAAUUUUAAUUGAUGAUGAUAUUGAAAUUCAAUGUGCUUUGAUUGAUAUUAUUAAUAUUAUCUUUAAUACUUAUGUUGAUAAUCAUAAAUCAGAUCUUGCUAAUGGAUUUGAUAAAUUAUUUGAACUUGUUAGAGUUGGUAUGCUUCCAUUAUUUGGUAUCUUACCAUUUUUAAGAAGUGAUUUUGAUCCAAGUAAUGAUGCCCAAGUAUACUUGAUUAAACAAGCUGAUAGUGCUCAUAAUUUAUUAGUAUUAAAGAAGGCAUUUUCUAAUUUGAUUGAAAUGACAAGUAGAUUUGAUGAUGUGAUUAAAGUUGAUCUUUAUUCAUGUUUAUUAUAUAUCUUUGCCAAGAUCUAUGAGAAUGCCAAUAAGUUAUUGAUUUCGAUUAUCUUACCAUAUUUAAAAACGAUCGUUACUGAAACUAAAAAGUUUAAUGAAAAGAUUGUUCAAGAUUUUAGUAAUUUGAUUCAUAGUUAUUAUUCAAUCAAUGUGGAAAAUAAUUAUUCAGUGAUUACUACUAUGAUAUUGAUAACAUGUGGAGAUUAUAGAUUGGAUAAUGAUGAAAGUAAAGAAUUGAGUAGUGCAUUGAUUAAAUUAUUAGAAUCUAGUGAUACUAAAUCCACUGGUAUUCAAUGUAUUAAAUCAUUAGUGCAAUAUUCUGCUACUAAUACACCACAAUUAACGGUUAAGUAUUUAAUUGGUGAUUUGAUUAAAUUAUUAGUAGGUGAUGGUGAUCAAGGAAAGAUUGAACCAACAGUGAAAUUAGAAGUAUUAUUAAUGUAUACCAAGAAUGUCAGUGAAGAAUCGAAUUUGAAUGCAUUGUAUUCUAUAUUAAUUCCAUUAUUAGUCAAAUUCAAUGAUAGUUCAAUCAUCUCCAAGACAUAUCUUCAUGAGAGAUUAUUAUUCUUGGUGAAUAAGAAUGCAGCCAGUUUCAAAUUAGUUGUUACUGAUGCCUUAACUGAAACUCAACGAAAGUUAACUGAAGAUUUGAUUAAGUUGGAUAUUAACCAUGAAACAAAUGAUGGUUCAUCCGAUCCAUUUGACAGUAAUGAAGAACAAAUCAAAUUAAAGACAUUUGGUGCUUAG